AUGGUUCAAAUAAAACCAGCUGCUUUGUCUUAUACAGAUGGUUUAUUACCCAAUGGUGACUUUGAAGUAGGACCAAAAGCCUCACAAAUCAAGGGCACAGUAGUAACAACCCACGACGAAGGUGCUUAUGCUGUUAGGCUUGCACGUACAUGUGCACAAGAAGAGAAACUUAAUGUCUCUGUGGUUCCUACUAAUGAGAAAAGUGAUUAUGGGAUUAUUCCAAUUCAAACUAUGUAUGGUAGUAAUGGUUGGGAAUCGUUUGCUUGUGGGUUUAGAGCUGAUUAUCCAGAAGGUGAAAUUGUCAUACAUAACUCUGGUGUUGAAGAAGAUCCUGCUUGUGGUCCUCUUAUUGAUUCUGUUGCUUUGAAGGUUUUGAAUCCACCACAAAGAACAAGAGCAAAUUUGUUGAAAAAUGGAAACUUUGAAGAAGGACCCUAUGUGUUCCCAAAUGCAUCUUGGGGAGUAUUGAUCCCACCUCACAUUGAGGAUGCUCAUGGUCCAUUACCUGGAUGGAUAGUUGAGUCUCUCAAAGCAGUAAAAUACAUUGACUCAGAUCAUUUCUCAGUCCCUGAGGGAAAAAGAGGAAUUGAACUAGUUGCAGGAAAAGAAAGUGCACUUGCACAAGUAGUGAUGACUACAAUUGGAAAAGUUUAUGUCCUCACUUUUGCUGUUGGUGAUGCCAAUAAUGCAUGUGAAGGUUCCAUGACAGUAGAAGCAUUUGCAGGUAGAGAUACAGUUCAAGUUCCAUAUGAAUCUAAGGGUAAAGGAGGUUUUAAAAGAGGCAAACUGCGUUUCACCGCAACAACGACACGUACUAGGAUUAGGUUCCUAAGUACAUUUUACACCAUGAAGAAUGAUAACUCUGGUUCUCUUUGUGGACCUGUUAUAGAUGAUGUGAAAUUGCUUAGUGUUCGUUAUCCCAACAAGCACAUCUAA